CUUAAACAGUGUGGAUUCUGCCGUAAGAGGUCUCACACCUUGUUUCUGUUGACAAAGUAAGUGUCUCGUCUGCUGGUGAAGAAGGAAUAGAAAAGGUUAUCUGAAGUGCAUCGGACAUGGUGAUCCUGAUUCUAAAGAAAUGAUUGUUGGAAAAGUGGAACUAAAUACAAGAUCUGGAAACUGUACAAGACAGACACGACAUGUGGAAUUGUUAUCUUACAGGAAACAGGUGUCUGCAGACAGUGAAGUGUGUUGACGGUUGUGUUGGGCGAAGGUUGGAAGUAUAAAAUGUUGUGUGUGGGCUGUUUGCUUAAAGGAACGGCAUUAAAAGAGAAAGGAUGGAAAGGAACGGAGAAAUUCUCAUAACUUCAAACAUUUCUCUUGUUGAUUCCUCCCCAGUGUGACAUCAUCAUGAAGAGUCUCUUUACAAGAUGAAAUGGGAGUGGCUUCAUAUUUGUUCAGCACUGUGCUGUCAGAUAACAGAGGAGAGACAACAGUAAAGACAGUUUAAAGACUUUUAAUUUGUCUUUUUAUCACCUGACCAUGGAAAGACGGGUCACCAGAAGAGGACAUACUGAAGACUUUUGUAAAGGUCAGCACCUGAAACUAAGUGAUUUGAAAGAGAAAACUAAAGAUUUGGAAAACAAAAAAAAAAGGUAUCUCUUCAAUGAAAACAUCCCGGAGUACCCCCGACCAGAGUUUCAUGUGACUCAUUUAAAACACGACACAACUGGAGUUGGAUUACAAGGCAUCAGGUGGGUUAAAGGUUUCUGUGACCCGGACUCUGAGGAGUCUCCGAGGCUGGUGUGGUGGAGUCUGAUGGUGAGACCUGAGGACAUACAGUCAGCUGAGAGGAGGCUCCUGGAGCAGAUCUACCCAGACCGGACGGAGGAGCAGAUCCAGAGACAGCAAAACUUUCUGGGGAAGUUCGCCACCUCGCCUGCCUUACUGGACUCCUCCAGGCUGGGCUCGUACCGCUUCACCUUCCCCCUGGAGGAGCUGCUGACGGCCUACAGCCAGCAGCUUUGUUCCAGCACUCAGCCCGUCAUGCGGGUGUUCAAGACCGUCCUGUACAAACAGGAAGUGAUGUACGCUGUGCUGGUCCACAGCCCAGCCAAUCAGGAGCUGUUCUCAGAAUAUCCUUUGCUGACUGACGACCCGAACGCCAUCUGCGCUUACAGAGAUGGUCACUUCAUCUGGAGGCCUGAGGCCAUGUGUGGGACUCACAGUUACGAGUUGGUCCACAGACGAGAUGAAAAGCAGGUGGAAGUGAAGAAGCUGUUUGAACAUCAGCGUGAGUAUUAUGUUUGGGAUAAUGUCGCCGUCGCCCUACAUAUGGAGGUUGGACAGGCGCUGCAGUUUGGUAGUGACCGACUGAGAGAAAAGCUCACGUACUGUGAAAAAGGAAGGCCUCCGAUUAUUCCUUAUGACAAGUUUCACAAUUUCAGCGAAGCUACAGAUCUUGUUAAAAAGUUGUGGCCCAACUAUCCGUCACCACUGGAGCGCUCGCUGAACAUUCAUGCAUCCUAAUUUAGUCAUGAAGGGGAAACUUUGUAUUUACAAUAUUUAGUAUUUGAUCAGGAUUCGAUGUUAUAAUUUUGGUAUGAAAUAAUAAUAAUAAUAAUUUAUAUUUUUAAAUUAAUGCUUUAUGGUUCAGAUGGUUGCCAUAGCACCACCAACAGGAAGACUGUUCCCACAGUUUAGUCACUUUAGUCACUUUAGAAGAGUAGAGCGUUCUGCCAAAUUUAGUGCUUUUUCAUUCAUGCAGGCAUAAUGCAGAUGUCCUGACAUGUCAAUUAAUGUUAAAAUCAUGUGGACAGAAACGUGACGUUUGUUCCACACAUCGACUGGCUUUGAAUAUUUGGGAAUUAAAAUGACUCACAGAGCAUCUUUAAGCACUUUACAGUUAAAAUGAAGUAUCAGUUGAGAAGGUGGUGUAAUAUCUAUAUGUCCUUGGUGAGAAGGAUGAAGGUUGUUUAGAUGAAUGUUCUGCCCACCGAGGGGUCAUUAUGUAGCUUAAUGUUAGCUUUAAUGUGCAAAAGAUGUUUUUUCAUCUUUUAAUCGUUAACCUUUUUAUGGAACAGCAAGAUGGGAUAGCACUCUUAAUAAUAUGUUUUAUUAUUUAUAGGAACACCUCCAAUAUUAGACAGUUUUUAACACUUGCUGAUGCUGAAACAUGCUUUUAUUAUGUUUUAAUCCAACUUAAGCUCUUAAAUGUUUGUCUUUGCUAUUUAUAUCAUGUUUCCUGUUGGUUUUAUUGGUAUUGUUUUAAAUGUGUGUGUAUGGUUAUUAGAUGUAUUAUUUAUUAUGUUCAUUGUGGUUAAACCUGUUUGUAAAGCACUGUGGAUCAGUGUCAAAAAAUCCAUAUUAAAUCGAUUUUGAUUCUAUAUAUAUAAAAUAAUAAAA